ACCGCUCCUCGCUACCCUCCUCUCAUCCCUCCACGUGUCUCCCGAAACUUCCAUUUCCAACAGAUAAACCCUCCCUCCACCAAUCACCCACGGGCCACUACCCUCCUCAAACAAUCUUUAUCCUCUGCACCUCGAGAACAGCACUCUAUUUUCUUAUAGAGAUGGAUCAUGCAGCAGAUGCUCAUAGGACUGAUUUGAUGACAAUAACACGUUUCGUGUUGAACGAGCAAUCCAAGCAUCCUGAGUCUCGUGGGGAUUUCACCAUCUUGCUUAAUCACAUCGUUCUUGGUUGCAAGUUUGUUUGCUCUGCUGUUAACAAGGCUGGUCUAGCCAAACUCAUCGGACUCGCUGGGGAGACUAAUGUUCAGGGUGAAGAACAAAAGAAAUUGGAUGUGCUUUCAAAUGAAGUCUUUGUCAAGGCUUUAGUAAGCAGUGGCAGAACAUGCAUCCUUGUCUCAGAAGAAGAUGAAGAGGCGACUUUUGUAGAUCCCUCAAAGCGUGGGAGGUACUGUGUUGUUUUUGAUCCUCUAGAUGGUUCCUCCAACAUUGACUGUGGAGUUUCCAUUGGAACAAUUUUUGGGAUUUACAUGAUGAAAGAUAACCAUGAACCAACUCUAGAUGAUGUACUGCAACCUGGUAAGCAAAUGCUGGCAGCUGGCUAUUGCAUGUAUGGAAGCUCUUGCACGCUUGUUUUGAGCACCGGAGAAGGAGUUAACGGAUUCACCCUUGAUCCAUCUCUUGGAGAGUUCAUACUAACUCACCCAGGUAUAAAGAUUCCAAAGAAAGGGAAGAUCUAUUCAGUUAAUGAAGGAAAUGCUAAGAACUGGGAUGGUCCAACGGCCAAGUAUGUGGAAAAGUGCAAGUUUCCCAAGGAUGGUUCUUCUUCAAAGUCUCUGAGAUACAUUGGAAGCAUGGUAGCUGAUGUCCAUCGUACAUUACUCUACGGGGGUAUCUUUUUGUACCCUGCAGAUAAGAAGAGCCCCAGUGGAAAACUACGUGUUCUGUACGAGGUCUUUCCAAUGUCGUUCCUGAUGGAACAAGCCGGAGGUCAGGCCUUCACCGGAAAACAACGGGCACUUGACUUGGUGCCAACAAAGAUACAUGAGAGAUCUCCAAUAUUUCUUGGCAGCUUUGAUGAUGUUGAAGAUAUCAAAGCACUCUAUGCUGCUGAAGGGAAAAAGGAAUAAAUGUACAAAUUCUCACUCUCACUCUCACUCUCACUCUCACUCAGAUAGCUUCACUUGGCUUCGGUUUUAAAUCGUGUUUAAAAGAUAUAUUGUAUUUGUUACGGGACUAUUACUGUUUAUCCAUGGAUAUAUUUUUAAA